GUGCGCGAACGAGCGAUGGGAGGGAGGUAAACAAGAUGGCGGCAGCCUUGAAGCAGCAGCUUAUGUGAAGAACGAAUGAGAGAAAAUCAGCGAACGAUGAGCAGAAGAGGAAUGAAAGAUAGAGUUUUCAUCCGUCAUUGAGUCGUGUAGAUGAAUGCUAAUCUCAGGUAUUUUGUGUCUUGGAUGGUGAUUUCCCAUAAUGCUGAGCAGAAGUAGAAAACUGUAGUUCCUGAUUGCAACGUUCUCAAAGAGACCUCUAUAAGUAAAGAUUUUGUGUCAUACUGUACCAGACGUACCUGCAGAGAUGUGCUGGGCUCCUGUGAUUCCCAGCGUCGGCUAAUUCAAGCCUUGAGAUAAAAAAGCAGAAAACCAGCACUUGUUGACCCUGCGAGGUCGUGUAAUUUUUACCCUGUGGGCUCUGGUGCGUUGAACUGUUGUCUUCACUCACUGGUUAACCGACGUGGACGUUAGCCAUGCCACUGCAGUUGUUUUCCAGAUGUGACUUCGUUCUGGUGCUUUACUACUAACUGAUUUUGGUCAGUCAGAACUGUGUCUCUGUUUCCAUAAAAUACUGAUAUUCCAGACGCCUGUCGGCCGUUGUGUUGCCGUUGAGGUCUGGAGCGAGUGGAACAGAGAGAGGGCAGAGAAGAUGAGCUUGGGGGCUGAACUUCAGCAUUUGGAUUACCUGACGGAGAAUGAGCUCAUGGGAAUGGACACCUUCAUCCACCGCAUCGACUCCACCGAGGUCAUCUACCAACCACGACGCAAGCGCGCCAAGCUGAUCGGCAAAUAUCUGAUGGGAGAUUUGCUGGGUGAGGGCUCAUACGGAAAGGUGAAAGAGAUGCUGGACUCAGAGACUCUGUGUCGCAGAGCCGUGAAGAUCCUGAAGAAGAAGAAACUGAGGAGAAUUCCCAAUGGAGAGGCCAACGUGAAAAAGGAGAUUCAGCUGCUCAGACGACUUCAGCACAAAAACAUCAUUCAGCUGGUGGAUGUGCUGUACAACGAGGAGAAGCAGAAAAUGUAUAUGAUCAUGGAGUAUUGUGUCUGUGGGAUGCAGGAAAUGUUGGACAGCGUUCCAGAGAAAAGAUUUCCAGUAUUUCAAGCUCACGGGUACUUUUGCCAGCUGUUGGAUGGCCUUGAAUACUUGCACAGCCAGGGAAUUGUGCACAAAGAUAUUAAACCAGGGAAUUUGCUGCUUACGACAGAUGGGGCGUUAAAGAUUUCUGACUUGGGUGUAGCAGAGGCUCUCCACCCCUUCGCAGAGGAUGACACAUGUCGGACGAGCCAGGGGUCACCAGCGUUCCAGCCACCCGAGAUCGCCAACGGGCUAGAAACAUUUUCAGGGUUUAAAGUGGAUAUCUGGUCUGCUGGAGUCACACUAUACAACAUAACGACGAGUCUGUACCCAUUUGAAGGGGACAACAUCUAUAAGCUGUUUGAAAACAUUGGGAAAGGUGACUACACGAUUCCUGAGGAGUGUGGACCGCUGCUGUCUGAUCUGUUGAGAGGGAUGCUGGAAUAUGAUCCUGUGAAGAGAUUCUCAAUACAGCACAUCAGACAGCACAACUGGGUUCGUAAGAAACACCCCCCUUCAGAACCGCCCGUCCCCAUACCGCCCAGCGCUGAAACCCGUGACCCCUGGCGGAGCAUGACGGUGGUGCCAUACCUGGAGGACCUUCAUGGUUACGCAGAAGAGGAGGACGACGAGAUGUUUGAUGGAGAAGAUGACAUCAUAUAUACUCAGGAUUUUACAGUACCAGGACAGGUGCCUGAGGAUGAGGUGGACAUAGAUCAGCGUCCUCCAGAGCGCAGGUGUCCUAUGGCCAAGCCUCUGUGCAUAAACGGGACAGAGUCGGCUCCGCUGAAACCCAAAUCCGAACGGCGUUCCAGCUCAUCUUCAAAUCCCUCCAGGAAGGGCAUGUCUGCAGCGAGCAAGAUUCGCAAACUUUCCACCUGCAAGCAGCAAUGACCUCAUCCACCUGAUCUUCUCCUCUGUACAGGUUUAUGUCCCUUCAGUCGAUACUGAACGCUGUUCCCAACGCACAUUUCUGCCCUGAAAAUGAACUCGACACUAACGGCAUCAGGACACUCGUGUCUCCUGCUCGACUUGAUCUGGAACAGAGCGACUUCUUUUGGGAAUGCUGUAAAAGAACGGACGUGGUCCUCCUCUCUCUCUUCUCCUCUGUGUCCGGUCUCAUUUAUGUUUGCCACAGAUCGGCACCAGAAGACCGUGUGGACGUUUUUCUGUAGCGAGCCAAUGGGGCACAUGUGACUUGACCUCACCGUUUAGUUUUUAGACCAUCUUUUAAUUUACAGUGGUUAACUACAGUUUAAAGUGCAAAUUGUGUUGUGUAAAGAAUGACAUAAAUGAUACAAAGAGAUCAGUUAUUGUAGAGAGAUUAUGGUACAAAUGAUACCAAUGUUAAAAAAGCAAACGCAUUAUAACACUGCAUGCUGGGAAGCAUUUGGAGGACACAGAAGACUGAUGCCUCACUGCAGUACCUCUCCCUUUUGGUUUGUUAUUUUUCCCUUUAAAUAUUUUUUAAGUAUUAUUUAUAUAAAGUCAUCCCAACUAAA